UAACUACUGAUUACCUGGAAGGAUGAGGACGCUGCUGCUUUCCCUGCUGGUCGGCUGCGCCUUCGGGGCGUCCGUCGAGAGGCCUCGCCGUCAGGUCUUCGGAGCUCGCAUUAACCUCGAGUCCUCCUAUCUGCCGCCAAAGGAAGAAGCUGACUGCAAGCCAUCUGUCGUUUACCGCACGCAGGUUCAGUAUUCCACCGUCGUCGUCCCAUCAACCGUCUACAAGACAAACGUUCAGUACAUCACACAAACAUCCGUCCGCACACAGCAAGUCCUCACCACCUUAUACUCACAGAUCGUCCGCACUCAGCAGGUUCCUUCAGUGCGAUACCAAACGAUCACUGUCACUCGCACUCAGGAAAACCUACGCACACAGGUCGUCACUCUUCCUCCUCAGGUCAACUACGUGACUCGUACUCAGCAGAGUGUCAGGACCCAAGUGCAGUACCAGACAAGGUAUGAGACUCGCAUCCAGCAGGUACCAACCACCAUUGUUAGAAACGUCGUCUCAACACAGGUGGUACCGCAGGUGGUCAGCACCGUCUACAGAACACAGACGGUUAUAAGGACACAGCAGUUGCCAGAUCAGACUCGUAUUGUACCCACUACUCAGUACAGCACUCGUUAUUCUACUGUAGUCAUACCUGCACAGAACGUCGUCAGGACUACCCAGCUUGUCAGGACCAACGUCGUCACACAAACCAUCACACAGCCCGGCCAGACUCGAGUCAUCACUUUCUACACAGCUGGUUCCAGUCACCACCACCGUCAUCUCCAGGUCGUCAGGACACAGGUUUCUACCCGAGUGGUUCCUACAACCAUCUACGCUCAGAGGACAGCGUCUUCAUACAUCAACCUUCCCGCUCAGACACGCUACGUCACAGUCACUCAAACCUCCGUCAGGACACAACAACUGGCCGGUCAGACCCGCACUCAAUACAACACCAGAAUCGUCUACAACACCAAUUACGUGACUUCUACCGUAUACAGGGAACAGUAUAACACCGUGACGGCCACCCAAACCGUCAAAGGAGACUGCGGCUACAGCUACGCUGCACCCGCUCGCGCCUUCAACCCCUUCUCCGGCUAG